AGACAAACCGAUUAUGUAAUUGAUUGUCCAUCAAUGAUAUCAUCUGUUUUUCGUUGUUGUCAGAAUUUGAAAAAAAAGAAAAAAGCUAGAAAGAAUGGCUGAAAUGAUCGAAAAAAUUGAUAAUCUAAAAUUGAUUGUAUUCGAUUUGGAUUAUACAUUAUGGCCAUUCUGGGUUGAUACACAUGUUACACCACCAUUUCGUCGAAAUGGACAAAAUGUUUAUGAUGCUCAUGGAAUAUUAGUAAAAUAUUAUCCCGAAGUACCGGCAAUAUUGGAACGAUUAAAAUCAUUAGGCUAUCGAAUUGGUAUUGCAUCAAGAACCAGUUGUAUUGAUGAAGCAAAUGAUUUAUUACGAUUAUUUAAAUGGGAUCAAUGGAUUGAUUAUAAACAAAUUUAUCCUGGUUGUAAAAUAACACAUAUAACCAAAUUAUCUAAACAAUCUGACACUGAAUUUAAUCAGAUUUUAUUUUUCGAUGAUGAACAACGAAAUAUUAUCGAUUUAAAACGUAUAAAUGUUUGCAGUAUUCUUGUUGAUAAUGGAAUGACAUUUAAAUUAUUGAAAAAUGGUAUCGAUAAAUUUAAAUGAAAAUGAUUUCCAAAAUCUAAUAUAUUUGAUUAAUAA